AUGGCGUCGACAGUUGCCACCUCGGCUACACCGCAGCUCCGCGUGUCGGCCGCGAAGAACCUCCGCAAAGCUUCAGAACAACACGAUGAGGAGCCCUCAAUGCGAGUCCCGCCUCCAGGGGCUUCCUCAGUCGAGGACCACUUCUUUUGGACGUAUACAGAGGAGCCGCACCGCUCAAGACGACAAGCAAUCAUCAAGGCACACCCAGAGGUAACCAAGCUCUGCGGACCAGAGCCAUUGACCAAAUACGUGGUUCUGGGUGUUGUAUCCCUUCAGAUCUGUUGCGCAUACCUCCUCCGGGAAGCGUCGUUCUUCUCCCUGCGGUUUUGGUUAACGGCAUACGUGAUUGGAGCCACCUCGAACCAGAACCUCUUCCUCGCCAUUCAUGAGAUAUCACAUAACCUCGCUUUCCGGUUGCCCAUGGCCAACAGAGUCCUGGCCAUCUUUGCCAACCUUCCCAUUGGGCUACCAUAUAGUGCCGCUUUCAGGCCCUACCACCUCACUCACCACAAAUCCCUCGGCGUCGCCGGCCUCGACACUGAUCUUCCCACAGCAUUUGAAGCCUUCGUUCUCGACUCACUCCUCGGCAAGGCUUUCUUCUGCACCUUCCAGAUCUUUUUUUACGCUGUCCGCCCUAUGUUCAUCUACAGCCCGCCCUUCACAAUCAUCCACCUACUAAACCUCUUCGUCCAACUAUCCUUCGACUACGCCCUUACAAAGGCCAGCAACGGCUCACUCAGCCCAGUCCUCUACCUCCUUCUCAGCUCCUUUCUCGCUGGAUCUCUCCACCCCUGCGCAGGGCACUUCAUUGCGGAACACUACUUCUUUUCAAACAUCAACCACGGCACCGAGUCGCUGCAGGAACUAAAAGGAGAAAAGGGUGAGAAACACCCCCUCUCCUCCCUGCCGCCUCCAGAAACAUACUCCUACUACGGGCCCCUCAAUAUUCUGACCUACAACGUGGGCCUGCACAAUGAACAUCACGACUUCCCUGCUAUCCCGUGGACAAAGCUCCAAACUCUCCACCGUAUCGCUAGUGAGUUCUACGAGCCUCUACCCUGCCACCGGAGCUGGGUCUGGGUUAUCUGGACCUUCAUCCUAGACAAGAAUGUCGGUCCCUGGUGCCGCGUCAAGAGAGAACAGGGCGGUCGACUUGUCGGUGGUGGUGGUAACGGCAGUGCCACUACCACCGGCCGCGCAGGCGAGGGCAUCUCUGCUGGGCCCGACGAGGCCGGUGAGGACGGGUGGAAGGAGAGCGAGAUUCAAAAUUGA